GUUGGCUUUGAAUCUGUGGUUUUACGACUCGUAGACAUUGUAGCAGGGACAGGCCAGGCUAUCAUAACCAGAAAAGGAGUUUAUGGCUCUGUAACAGUUAGCUGGAUUUCAGGAUACCCACCAGACCUAAUCACUGACUUUGCUCAGCCCGGCAAUAUUACUCCUCCAUUUGGUACUGUUGUAUUUUCCUCUGGUGAGCAAAGUAAAGUAAUUUCAUUUCAAGCUACUCCAAGCCUAAACAAACAUGAGUCAUUUGCCAUCACUUUAACAGCAGUGCACACCAAUGUGUCUGGGGGGGCUCGCCUCAGAUCCGGAUAUACUAUAGCUGAAAUUGAGCCAAUGGGGAUAUUCCAGUUUGCUCCUAACUCAAGAUCUGUAUCAGUUGAAGAAGAUGUUCAGACAGUCACACUACAUGUCCAAAGACUGUUUGGUUUUCAAAGUAAUCUCACUAAAUUGAUGUAUCAGACCAUUCCAGGAAGUGCCAAACCACUCGAGGACUUUAUACCCAUCUACAAUGGAGAGCUUAUAAUUUUACGCUUUCAGAUAAGUGCUGUGAUAGAAAUAUCAGUAAUAGAUGAUACCAUCUCUGAAAUGGAUGAGGUUUUUUUUGUAAAUUUGACUGCUGUGGAAAUUUUGGAUGUUCAACCUGUGAAUCCUGCCUGGAGUCCACGUUUGAAUCCAGCUUUCAGUGUUGCAACAAUUAAUAUCCUGGCUAAUGAUAUUCUUCAUGGAAUACUAAGUUUGGGGCCAGAGUUUACUUAUGUGGAAGAAGAUGCAAACAACACUACCCCCAACACAGUGGUACUUCAUAUCAGAAGGACCAAGGGGUUUACUGGUGAUAUUGAAGUAACUGUUAAAACCUUUGGGGGAGUGAGUGCACAGAGUGGAGUAGAUUCAUAUCCUUUUGGAAAUGCUUGGAAAUCAGACUUCACAUGGGCAAUGGAAGGAGAAGAUUUUGAGGAGCAGUCAGUCUCUGUGACUUUGCUGGAUGGAGAAAGAGAAAGCAAUGUGUCCAUUAAAAUUUUUGAUGACAGUGAGCCUGAAGGACAGGAGUUGUUUUAUGUUUUCCUCUCAAAUCCUGAAUGUGGAGCUCAGAUUGUGGAAGGAAAGGAUGAAUAUGGAUUUGCUGCCUUUGCAACAGUUAUUAUUGCAGGAAGUGAUCUUCAGAAUGGCAUUUUGGGAUUCAUUCCAGAAGUACAAAGUGGUCUUGUACUUGAUGAAGACUCGGAAAACAGAGAGGUGCUGCUGAUUGUCACAAGGCAACCAAACAGGGCUUUUGAAGAUGUGAAGAUCUUCUGGCGUGUGACAUUUAAUAAAACAGCUGUCGUCCUUCUGAAGGAUGGCAUGAACUUGGAGAAUGAGCUCGUAUCUGUGCAGGGAGCCACUACCUGCAUGGCAGGUCAAACAACAUGCAACAUCUCCAUUGAAGUAAAACCCGAUAAUGUUUCUGAAUUUGAAGCAUAUUUUUUUGUUGAACUGUAUGCUGUGAGCACAGGAGCCGCAUUGAACAGCAGUGCCAGAUUUGCUUUUAUAAAAGUUCUUGAAAGUGAUGCUCCUCAUGGUUUAGUAUAUUUUGCUGUGGGAUCUCGUUUUGCUGUGGCUUAUAGGAAGACAACUUUAAUCAGUCUGCAAGUGCUCAGAGAUUCUAGUACAUCAGUAACCACAACGGUUAGCUACAGAACGCAGGAGCUACAAAAACCUGAACCUAUUGGUCGGACAUUCGUAUCUCCAGCUGUGGCAGGACAGGAUUUUGCCGGAUCUGAAGGUUUAUUGACUUUUGAACCUGGACAGAGAAAUGCAUUUCUGGAUGUGACACUGACUCCAAAGACAGGAUCUUUAAACCCAUUUCCUAAACGUUUCCAGGUUGUACUUUCUAAUCCCACAGGUGGUGCCAGCAUAGAUGUUGUGUAUGGUAUUGCUAACAUCACCAUUGUCUCAGAUUUGGACUCCUUGCCAGUCUGGGGGCUGAUUGAUCAACUGCAUCAGCCUCUUGAUGACACCAUUUUACACAGAGUCCUCCAGAAUCUGAAUGUCAGAGUGGCUACAGAAACUACAGAAGAGCAGCUUACUGCCGUGAUGCACAUCAUAGAUAAGGUUACAGACAUAGGUGAAAUACAGUUACUCACUGAUAAAAGUAGAAGUCUUUUCUAUGAGAUACUCUGUGCUCUGGCUAGCCCUAAACGAGAGGACACACGAGGAUAUAGCCUGCUUGCUGAGAUGACUGAGAAGUUUGCUUUUUCCCUGUUGACUGGGAUAACAUGUGGAUCACCAGGAGAAAGAGGUAAAAAUAUCCUUGACAGCUGCCCGUACAUUGCAAUAAUGGCUCACAACUGGUUUCCUCAGCAAAUCAAUGGACACAGAUUUGAUGGAAAAGAUGGGGAUUCUAUUCAAGUGCCUGAACAUUUACUAGACGUCUCUGUUUCAUUAUCACCUCCUCAAAGAGAUAACUGUGAAUCUGUGCAGUUCACAGAAUACAGCAGUCAGCAGUGGUUCGUUACUGGAGAUAAAGAACUUGCCCUGAAGAACAAGGUUUUUUCUAUGAGUUUGAAGGGUUGGAGUUCACAGCCUUUAAAAGAUAACAAUGAAGUAAUUUAUCGGAUUUAUGCUACAGGAAGUCGGAUUGUUCCACAGAAGUCUCUAUGUCUCCUCUGGAAUCAAGCUGCUGAAAGCUGGCUGUCUGAUACUGGUUUCUGCAAAGUGAUUGAUGACUCAUCAGACUACGUGGAAUGCUCUUGUUCUCAUAUGUCCAUUUAUGCAGUUUAUGCCCAGACAGAUAACUUGUCUUCUUACAAUGAGGCUUUUUUCUCUUCUGGAUUCAUCUGCAUUUCAGGUUUCACUUUGGCUAUUCUCUCCCACCUUUUCUGCACCAGGUGUGCAAUGUUUGCAGCUAAACUUCUCACUCACAUGAUGGUUGCUUGUUUGGGUACUCAG